UUUUAAGCAUGCAGAAGCGGGCCGUUUCCGGUUCCUAGACUGGUGUGUCCCCCCAUCCGAGGCCAGCAGCCGUAUGGGGAAAGCAGCGGCAGACACAGAUGGCAUGGACACUUCCACAAGGUCUGCCGCUCUGCCCUGCCUGCUCUGCCGGAGCCCGUUCGCCGCCGUCUCUCUCUUCCAGCUCGCUCCGCCGCCCAGCAGCACUGCAGCACAGCACAGGCUGACGGCAUGAGGCUUGAUCCAGUGCAUUUCUCCAUGCUGGUCAUCGGGGUCUCCUUCGCCUGUUACGCCCCGAGUCUCAACUCCCUCCAGGACCAGGCGUACCGAUCAGCCGUGGUCAUCGAGGGCGAGGUGCGCUCCUCCCCGGAGAACGUCUCCUCCCGGGAGCCCUACAGUGUGAAUGUCAAAGUGCUGGACGUGUGGCCCGUCAACAGCGGCGGCCUCGAGAGGGAGCAGCUCGUGACCGUCGGGGACUUCGGUUCCGAGGCCCCGUGCACCACGGUGGAAAAGGACCACAGAUAUAUCUUUUUCAUGGACCCCACAGCUGAGCCCUUGGUAUUCAAAGCAUCGUACGCCCCUGUGGACGCCAGCGAGCCGGAGCUGAAGAAGGAUGUGGAGAGAGUGUUGUGCGAGGACUGCGCCUCUGCUCCUAAGCUCCGGCUGACGCGUGGCCAGUCUCUGGUGGAAGGGGACAAGCUGUACUUGAAGUGUGAGGCGUCGGGGAAUCCCAGCCCUUCCUUUCGCUGGUACAAAGAUGGACAUGAGCUUCAGAAAGGCAGAGACCUCAAAAUAAAGACCAACAAAAAAAACUCAAAGGUGCAGAUCAGUCGUGUCCGUGUGGAAGACUCUGGCAACUACACCUGUGUGGCUGAAAACUCACUAGGACAAGAAAACGUCACAAGUAUAAUCAGCGUGCAGAUCUUGGCCACCACCACCCCGUCUCCAGGUGGGAGUCAUGCGAGGCGCUGCAAUGACACGGAGAAAGCCUACUGCGUCAACGGAGGGGACUGUUACUUCUUUCAUGGUCUUAACCAGCUGACCUGCAAGUGUCCCAAUGACUAUACGGGGGACCGCUGUGAAAACUCCGUCAUGGCCAAUUUCUACAGGCUUCUCAGAAUUGAAUUUACGGAGGCUGAGGAGCUCUACCAGAGGCGGGUGCUGACGAUCACAGGCAUCUGUGUGGCGCUGUUGGUGGUUGGCAUCGUUUGUGUGGUGGCCUACUGCAAAACCAAGAAGCAGAGGAAGAAGAUGCACAGUCACCUACACCAGAACCAGAAUCAGUGUGUGGAGCAACCCAACCGCAUGCUGGCCAACGGACCCAACCACCCCGGUCCCGGUCCCGAGGAGAUCCCCAUGGGUGACUACAUCUCCAAGAGCGUCCCAACAACAGAGUGUGUGAUCAGCCACGGAGCCGAGGGUGCAGGCAACUACGCAGGCAGCCGAAUGUCGACCCGUUCCCACCACUCUACCACUGCCUCACAUGCUUCCAGACACGAGGAGCAGACGUGGAGCAUGGAGCGAACAGAGAGUAUGAACUCAGACUGCCAGUCAGGUGGGCUGUCCAGCUCUGUGGGAACCAGUAAGUGCAGCAGCCCGGCGUGCAUGGCGAGGAGGGCCGCCCACUGGGGCUGCACGGACAUGUCCGGACCGGGAAUGCAGUACGGGGAUUCCUACGACUCUCUACGAGACUCGCCUCACAGUGACAGGUAUGUGUCGGCGCUGACCACGCCAGCGCGCCUGUCUCCGGUGGAGUUCCACUACCCCCCGUUGCCGCCCCAGGUACCCACCUUCCAGAUCACCUCACCUAACACAAGCCACGCCCUCUCCCUGCCCCCCGCCGCUGCCGCCUACCACAGAGACGACGACCAGCCGCUGCUAAGAUGCCCAGAUGAUGGAAGUUUAUACCGGCAGCCCCGGCGUCCACGGCGACCUUACCUGACGGAGAGCACGGGCAGUCUACCGUCCAGCCCCUACCGUCUCCCUGACGACGAGGCCUACGAGACCACACAGGAGUACGCCUCUUCGCGAGAACCUAUCCGGAGUCGGCGCCGCCCGCGACGCAACCGCCUCAACGGACACAUCUCCCAGCGUUCAACGGGCUUACGGGACUACAGCUCACAGAGCUUCAGCCAGUCAGAGGAGGAGGAGGAAGAGGAGGAGGAAGAGGAUGCUCACGGGGAGAGCACACCUUUUCUUAGUAUGCAGAACAUGAACAUGGACCCGCCCUUAACCGUCCCGGGUUUCCGUUCAUCAUCCGGUGCGGACACACGGACUCACCGCGGGCUGAGUCGGCCGGGGACGCGCAGCAACGGGCAGAGCCGCGGCUCCCAGUCACAGCGCUCCAAGGCUGACAACAUGCCCCUUUAAGACUGGACCCCC